CUUAGGGUAAUGUGCCCACCUUACAGAUCCAAAGAGUCUGCUUCGGGCGUCCCUUCUCUUUGCCACCCUCCUUUGUCUGGCCUUCCCGAUUAAUUAAAUAUUAAUCUACUCACACCUUUUCUCCAGAUUCCUCUUCAGACAGAAGAGGUUGAGCUGUGAGAACUGAUCUCAUUCUUAACCUGAUUCCUAUUCCCCCCAUUCUGACCCUAGUAUGUGACUACCAUCGCCAACCAAAUCCCAGCGAUGGAUUCCAUUACCUUUCUCUGGUUAUGCCUGGUCUUCCAACAUGGGCAUUAGAAAGGCAAACAAUAUUGCAAACCUUUUGGCUUUAUCUAGGGUAAUAAUGCUUUAGUAACAGUAACAAUAACAACAACAACUGAUCUUGGAUAUUUAAUGCAAUCCUAGAAGGUAGUUAUCAUUUUUAUUACCCGCCUUUAUCUUCUCCAUCCUCAUAACUAUGAUGGAGACACUGAGGCUCAGAGAGGACAGGUUGCUUGCUAAGACCAUAUAGCUCCUAAUUACCAGAGUCAAUGUUUGAACCUAGCCUUGCCUGAAAUAGGAGAAUUAUCUCAGCAUGACUUUGAAACUCUUUCUGUCAGCUGCCCAAUAUGUUUUGCCUGGGCAGUUUGACAAUGGUGAGAUUUCUGGUUAGUAUUCUGAAGCAGUUAAAUAACUUAAAUUUAUAUUAAACAUUUCUGGUUUUACUUUGAUGAUGACUUAAGAAAAUGAAUAUAAACAUAUUUAGUAUCAUUGGGAUAGCCACCUUGUAACUGAACAGAUAUAAACAUAAGAAGUUUGCAUCUUAUUUUAUAUUCAUGAAUAUUCAGAAGCCAUAUAUAACAGUAAUUAAAGCACAAUACCAGUAAUAGUCCACAUAUUACUUAAAUUUGGCUAAUAGUAUUCUUGUUGUCCUAGAAAUGAGAUGACCAGCUCUUUCAGAAUAUACAGCAACUGCCUCCACAUAAAGCAGCACCAGGUUUAGGAGAUUUACGGUAAAGCCAUGUUUCCAAGGAGGUCUGUACAAAAAGCCAGACUUCUACUGGCAGUUUCUGAGAGAGAGACGCUUUCCAUCCAUGGCAGCCAUUUACUUUUGCUCUGGGAGACGUCUGUAAUUGAAAAGGCACAACUGGGGUAUUUAUUCAUUUCUCCUGUUCCUCUAGUGUUCGGUGGUGUUGCUGCUGCAAGUGGGCAGGGCUAAAAUGAGCUGGUUAUCUCAGGAUCAUGGAAAACCUGGAAUCAACGCUCAAGAAUGCCCCCUAUUUUCAUUGUGAGAAGGGAACCGAUUCCAUCCCUCUAUGCCAGAAGUGUGAGACGUGUGUCUUAGCCUGGAAGAUCUUCUCUACCAAAGAGUGGUUCUGCAGGAUCAAUGACAUAUCACAGAGGAGGUUUCUAGUUAGCAUUCUGAAGCAGUUAAAUAGCUUGUAUUUGUUACACUAUUUCCAGAAUAUCCUUCAGACCACACAGGGAAAGGAUUUCAUCUAUAACAGGUCCCGGAUCGACCUCAGCAAGAAAGAGCGGAAAGUUGCGAAGUCCUUCUUGAACCAAAUGUUGGAUAAAACAGUAGAACAGAAGAUGAAGGAGAUCUUGUACUGGUUUGGGAACAGCACCCACUGGACCAAGGCGAAUUAUACUCUCUUACUGCUGCAGAUGUGCAACCCCAAAUUACUGCUCACUGCUGCCGAUGUGAUCAGAGUCCUGUUUCUGAGAGAGCAGAACAAUAUCUCAGGUAAACAAGGCCACAGGCAAAGACCAGAGGGCCCCCAAAAACCGGAAGGCAAGACUUCAGAAAUCUGUAGGGAACUGCAGUUGUAGACAACAUAGGUAGACAGAGAUUGCACAGAAUGCAGCGUAGGUUUUUUUGAACUGACACCUUGUCCUGACACCUGAUCCUGUUUACCAAAGGAGAAAUGACUGAAUGUAACUUCCUUCUUGAAAAUGAUCAAUGCAGGAGGAAGUACACAACUUUUAACUGACAAGCAUUUAUCAUGGAUUUCUGCAUCUCAUAGGCCCAGAAAUGGCUGGCCCCUGCCUCUGACCCCUUAAUGCUGGUGCCAUUCCUGCUUUAGGGAUUGGCCUGGGCUUGAGAGGGUUGUAAAGGGGAAGCUAUUGUUUUGCUUUUCAGCUACGCUGCACAGAAACCAGACCAAGAAGUCAAAACUUACGGCUUUUUUUUUUUUUUUUCAUUCACUCUACCAUGCUCCUUGCUUAUCCAUGAAAUCAAACCUUAAAGUAGAGUUUCUCCAAGGCUGGAGAUAGCUUAAGGGCCAAAUAAGUCUGGGGUGGUAGUUCUCCAGCUGUGGCUUGUAUCAGGAUCUCCAGCAGGACCUGUUAAAACAAGCUCCUCCCCCAGAAGUUUGGACUCAGCAGGUCUGAGGGCUCAAUCAAGACAUCACAGAUGUGUGUUUUUCCCCCGAGAAAGAUGACAGCUCCAAGUCUGUGACCUCACAAGUCUAUUGGACAGCCAAAACUCAGCACACAUCCCUUCCUUUGUCCAAAGCCCCAGAAAAUGAACACUUACUUGGGGCAGCUUCUAACCCUGAGGAACCAUGGAGGAAUUCACUCCAGUGUAUUUCUGAAAUGAAUAGGCUGUUUUCUGAAAAAGGAGGCAUAACCAAGCCAGGGUACGAUCCCUGCAAUCUAUUGGUUGACCUGGAUGACCUCAGAGACCUGUCUUCUGGGUUCAGCAAAUACCGAGACUUCAUCCGUUACCUGCCCAUCCACCUCUCCAAGUACAUUCUAAGAAUGCUGGAUAGACACACCCUGAACAAGUGUGCCUCUGUGAGCCAGCACUGGGCCGCCAUGGCUCAACAGGUCAAGACGGACUUGUCAGCGCACGGCUUCAUUCAGAACCAGAUUGUCUUCAUGCAGGGGUCCUACACAAGAGGAAUUGAUCCUAAUUAUGCCAAUAAGGUUUCUAUCCCAGUUCCUAAAAUGGUAGAUGACGGGAAGCGUAUGCGUGUGAAACAUCCGAAGUGGAAGCUGAGGACGAAGAAUGAGUACAACCUGUGGACUGCAUACCAGAACCAGGAAACGCAGCAGGUCCUAAUGGAGGAGAGAAAUAUUUUCUGUGGAACCUACAAUGUUCGCAUUCUCUCUGACACGUGGGAUCAAAAAAGAGUCAUCCACUAUUCCGGGGGAGAUCUGAUAGCUGUGUCAUCUAAUCGAAAGAUCCAUCUUCUGGACAUCAUACAAGGAAAAGUGAUACCCGUUGAAUUCCGAGGCCAUGCUGGGAGUGUCCGGGCCCUCUUCCUAUGUGAGGAGGAAAAUUUUCUCCUAAGCGGGAGCUAUGACCUAAGUAUCAGAUACUGGGAUCUGAAAAGUGGGGCUUGCACACGAAUCUUCAGUGGUCACCAGGGGACUAUCACUUGCAUAGAUUUGUGUAAGAACAGGCUCGUGUCGGGAGGAAAAGAUUGCCAGGUAAAAGUAUGGGAUGUAGACACAGGGAAGUGCCUGAAGACGUUUAGACACAAAGACCCCAUCUUGGCCACCAGGAUCAAUGAUACCUACAUUGUGAGCAGCUGUGAGCGAGGGGUGGUGAAAGUGUGGCACAUUGUCAUGGCCCAGUUGGUAAAGACUCUCAAUGGCCACGAGGGAGCCGUGAAGUGCCUGUUCUUCGACCAGUGGCAUCUCCUCUCGGGAAGCACUGAUGGCCUGGUCAUGGCCUGGAGCAUGGUGGGGAAGUAUGAGCGCUGCCUGAUGGCCUUCAAGCAUCCCAAGGAGGUGCUCCACGUGUCCCUUCUCUUCCUCCGGGUCAUCAGCGCCUGCGCAGAUGGCAAGAUCAGAAUUUACAAUUUCCUCAACGGGAACUGUAUGAAGGUGAUAAAAGCCAAUGGCAGAGGCGAUCCUGUGCUGUCCUUCUUUAUUCAGGGCAACAGGAUGGUGGUCAACACAGAGAGCAAUGUUCUCGUGUUCCAGUUUGAACACAUAAAGUGGCAGUAUGCCAUGGAAAAAACGAAACAAAAGAAGAAGAAGGAGAAAGAGGAGGAAAAAGAAGAAAACAGCCUCAUGGAAAUUCUCUCUAAGUCUAAUAUGCAGGUUCACAGCCCGAGAGAAUCUGUAUCCAGUAAACAAACUGUGAUCCAAGAGCUUCUACCGAGCAAACCUCCCAAGUCCCGAGUACUCCUGAAGCCGGCCAAGUUCUCUUCAGAAGCAGAUGAUGUGGAGAAAGCACCAAAACAAGGACAAUUGGAAACUCCUGAAAAACUGCUCAAUCACCCAAAGAAAAAGUCUUGGAAAAUUCCUAUGUCACCUGACCAAUUCCUCCUGACUAUCAGCGCCCUGCAGCAAGCCCAUAAUUCCGGGAAAUUCGCCUAUCCCUGUAGGCCCCGAACAGAAAUUAUUGAUGUCUGGGGACCUUCAAUUUCAUACCCAAGGAAGGUCUUGAAUUUCAAAGGAAAAUCCAUCCAACAUGCAGUUGAUCAGUUGAGACUGAGCAAUCCUCCUAUAGAUGUGAAACAAACCAGUAUUCCCCUUGAAAUCCAGAAACUGCAGCCCAACUUGAAGAUCUCUUUGCACAGUCCCAGAGUCCAGUCCACCUUGCCGCAGCCCAUGAUUAUCCGCUCCAGGUUCUCUGGCAGCUUAAAGGGUGGAGACCAAGUGACCAGUUCAAUUGAAAGGGCAGUGUGCAGCCCCCUGACCAGUAUGCAGGUCAUUAAACCAAACCACAUGCUAGCUCCACAAGUGGGCACAGCCACCCUGUCUCUUAACAAAGAACGGCCUCGCAUCUACACAGCCCUGGAUCCCCUUAGAGUGAACACUGAGUUCGUGCUGUUGACCGUGAAGGAGGAGAAAGAGCACCAGGAAGCCAAGAUGAAGGAAUAUCAGGCCAGGGAGUCCACUGGAGUGGUUGAUCCAGGAAAAGCCAGCAAAGCUGCAUGGAUCAGGAAAAUCAAAGGCCUGCCUAUUGAUAAUUUCAUGAAGCAAGGGAAAACAGCGGCCCCUGAACUUGGACAAAAUGUAUUUAUCUGAACCAGCCUUGGGAAAUUACAAUGUUUUACAAUAAACAGCCAAGUGGA